AAUCCAAACAACAACAACGAGAAGAAGAAGGAGGAGGAGUAAUGACUUCCCGUCAGCGGUAGACCUGUGUGACAUUACGGGUGAAGGAGAGACGAUGUAAUGCUUCACACACUCGUGAAGGAAACAUGGCUUUUUCUUUUCUCCGUGCUCUGCUCCUCGUCGUCCUGACGGCUCGGGCUUCAGCAGACGAUGGACAGGUGACCUUUGUGUCGGAGCUCUCGUCCAAGCCGGCUCAGAAGCUGUCAAAGUACGGCUGGUACGGAAACGUGAGGCUGCAGAGGUUCAACAUACCCGAGGACAGCGCCGUGGCUCGCUGGCUGUUCUCCGUCACCAAGGGACACAACUUCAACUGUGGACAGCACAACGUCACCAUACACAUUAGAUGGGGUGCCCCUCCAGUCAUAAACCCAAUCGGGUCAACGUUUCCCAACUCAACCCUGUGGAGCCCCUGUCUGUCUCUGAUCCUGCCGGUGACCUCGCACAGCUCUACAACCUUCAACCUCUCCGAUCCUGCUCCGGGCGACUGGUACGUCGCUGCCCACCUGCCUGAAGAUGAUGGCCGCAUAGAGCAGAAGGGCUUUCCGUCCUGUUCCUACUUCUUCCAGCCUCAGCUAUCAAUCAGGAGAGCAGUGGACACACCCACGUUACAGCAGGGAACAUUCCUCCAACAGACCGCAGCCCCUGACCAACCUGCACGCCUUAAGCUGUAUGUUCCAGAGUUCGCCUCCUCUCUCUCCGUCUCCGUGGCGAACUGUUUAUCGGGGGACGGAGUAGACGGUGGAAACUGUUCUCUGGUCCUCAGGCUCGGCUCCGUCUCUCUGCAGCAUGGCCCGGUAACAGUGAACUGCUCAGGGACUGGCUGCUCUGCAUCUCUUUCCAACCCACCUUGGGACGCCUGGUUACGAGUUGUCGUGGAAAGCAACCAAGACAACCGUACCGUGACCUUUAGUGUUGUCUCAAACUACACAGUGGGCUGUAAGCCAAAAAGUGUGGGUCUCAGGGCAGACGAUGAUCUAAACAAGCUCCGUGGCAACAGCAGCUAUAUUAACUCAACACUGGCAGGCAACAGCACAGUGGUUACAGACACCGUCGCCUCUAGCAAGGAGUCAGUAUCACUGUUGACACCGUUGUUGGCGUCAGCGUGUGUGUGGAGCAUCCCUGUGCUGCACGAGGAGGUGGAUGUUCUGUCUGUCCGCUUCACUCCCGUUAACGGGCCCAACGUCAGCGUUACAGAUACAAACCCCACACUGCUCACCUACCCUCUGCCCACACAAGCCACCGGUGGUACACUCAACCUACAGCUCACACUCAACACAACUAAUAUAACCCUGGGGAACAGCAGCAGUGUGGUGGCCUGUCUCUCUCCCUGGGUGCCAGUCCUCGAACUCAACCACUCUCAACCUUGUCGCACAGCUUUGUUCGGAGGAUAUGGUGUUCACGUGAAUGCCAGUGUUCCUAAAACUGUCAUCAGGCUGCCUUUCCCUCACUCAACAACAUGGUACCUCACUCUACAGCUCACAUGCAACGGCAGUGACUGUGGUAAUACAUCACUGGUGUCUGUUGUCCCGGAGGUGUUUGUCAGUGCCUGUGUAGAGGACUGUGGGACAUACGGAGAAUGUAGACUACUGAGAUCCUACAGCUAUCUGUAUGCUGCCUGUGUCUGCAAGGCUGGUUGGAACGGUUGGGGCUGCACCGAUGAUUCGACAGCUCAGUCGUACCGUCGCCAGUUGACGGCAACCAUGCUGCUCACGUUCAGUAACCUGUCCUUCCUGCCUGCCAUCGUGGUGGCCAUCAGACGCUGGUACAUCACCGAGGCCUCCGUCUACCUCUUCACAAUGUUCUUCUCCACGUUCUACCAUGCAUGUGACCAGCCUGGCAUAGCUGUAAUGUGUAUAAUGGAAUACGAUGCCCUACAAUACUGUGACUUCCUGGGCUCAAUCUGUUCCAUCUGGGUCACCAUCCUGUGCAUGGCUCGCAUCAGAGACACAUUCAAAUAUACUCUGUUUAUGUUCGGGACUCUUCUGAUAGCCAUGUCAAUGCAGCUGGACCGCAAAGGUCUCUGGAACCUACUUGGACCCGUCCUCUGUGCCAUACUGAUCAUGGUCACUACCUGGGUGUACCGAGGGGUGCGGCGGCGACAUUGUUACCCGCCUUCUUGGAAACGCUGGGUGUUCUACCUGAUUCCCGGCGCACUCUGCGCCCUGAUCGGGGUAUGCUUGUACAUUUUUGCCGAGACGGAGGGCAACUACUACUACACACACUCACUGUGGCACAUCCUGGUGGCCACCUGCGUUGUGUUCCUGCUGCCGCCCAAAGAGAAGGAAAGGGAGACGGAGGGCUGGAGCAGGGGCUGGAGCUGGAGCUGGAACUGGAGCUGGAGCUGGAGACCACGGGUUUGUGGGUACACGCUCUGUCAGAGCAGCAAGGACGAACUCUACACUGUUACAUAGGCGGGCCGGAGAAAGGAAAGCAACUAGACGUUGAUUGUUACACAACACUACAAUCAUUCAUGUAAGGUAAUAAGACAAAAAACAAGCACAGGGUGUCUGCUCAUGUUCAAAACUGACACUUUAAAGUUGAUUAAUUUGUUGAAUAAAGCAUUAAAGUAGACCUAUAUUCUAAUAGGUCUACCAUGUUUGAAUAAAAACUUAAACACUUAGCUCACAGACAUCCUGAAAUACACAAAUGACCCAAAUCAAACCUGCUGAAACCUCCAAGGUGGUCUGUUGCACCAGCUUUCACCAACCUUCAGGUAGCAUACCACCUCAUGACCUCAUGACCAGAAGUUUGUACAUAUUGUGUAUGUACAUAUUUUAUUAGGUUAGAGCAUUAAUGUUUGAAAUAUUUAUAAAACGAGCACUUUGUGGAACAGUUUUAAAUCUUUAUAGCCAGCCUGUCAAUGAGUCUGCUGAUCAAAUAUAAUGUUUAUAGUUAAUGUAAACACCACUCGUUCGUGUGCCGCCUUGUGUUUUCAUUUUUUUUUCCCCCCACGGGCCUGGGCAAAAUUUUAAAAAUGUUUUGAUCCAUUUGAGGUGCGCUUGAUUUUCAUCUGCGUAAUUGGACAAAACGACUCAGAGCCCACUUUCUGGCUUUGUUCAGGAACUUUCCAUCAUUUAAGAUGAUCUUCAUCAGCAGAGGAAAUGAGCUUGUUAUCUUUAAAACCCAGCAACGCCGAACACAAAAGAAAAAACAAAUAAUAGAUAUCAUUCCAAACCAGUAAACCGCUCUCCAUGUCUUUCCAUAAUGUCAAACUCGGCUACUUUCUUCCAUGUUUCUGUGCGACACCUUCUCAGCCACGAGCCAGCUGUAAUUCAGGGGCUUUUCUUUGAGCGUACACGUGAACACGUGGACAAAUCAAAGUGUAGUAGUUUGAUACACAUACAGUGCCUUCUCAUUCUUUAAAAAAAAUACUGAACAUGACAGGACGUUGUGUUCAUGUACAGAUAUAUAUGCAGCUUGUAAACUGGAUGACUCUGUCUUUUCUUUUCUUGUCUAUUCUCUGCUCCCACUCUAAAAUGGUACGUUCAUUCUGAAGCACUUUUCUGAUUAAUAAGCUGAUUCCACUGCGUAAUGUACAUAGCCCAUAUGUGUAUGAAUGGGCACUUUAUGAAUGUAUAUUCAGACUACUGUGUCCAGUGCCUCCUCUUGCCUGAAUCUUUCUGUGAAUGAGUGCAGUCUAUGUAUUGUAUGAGUGUAUGUGUGUGUUGUCUCCUGCUGCAGAACGCUGUCCCUAUGUUCUUUAAUGUAAGACCCAUACGAUGUCUUUUUGUCUCAUACUGUGAUGAUUUUCUCAUUGUGAUUUUGCACAAGUUCAAAUUGAACAUUUCUGUCACCCUUACAUAGCCUUCGUUUCAUUGUUGAAAUUGAUUUUUUUUCUUGUGAGACAUUGCGAAUCACUUUAUUUUGUUAAAUGCAAGUACGUAAGGGUGACCUAUCACAACAACAUACUGUAGCUCUCGUUGCUUGUACGGAUGAAGAAAUGUAAUGUUCCAUGUAAAACAUGAUAUUACUUCCUUUUUAAAAUACCCAAAGCAUUUAGCCCACCCAAAUUAAAUCUGUUGUAUAAAGGAAAAAAA